AUGACGUCUACCGGCGGCUUCGCGACGUCAGUUCAGCUUGCGACAAUGCAAACCUCCACAAUCCCAGGCAAUCAUACGAUUGACUGGUCAAGCCAAGCAAGAGGGGGUCGAGAUUUGGCAACGCAGUUGGUUCUUAGCGUCACUUUGGGUCUAAGUGCUUUUAUAUCAUUUUGUCUUCUUCGGCCCAAAUGGACAGAGCUCUAUGCCGCGAGAAGGAAAAGACGCAAUGCAGCCUCCUUCCUACCUGAGCUGCCUGACAGUCUCUUUGGAUGGAUUCCAGUGGUGUAUAAAAUUACUGAUGAUGAGGUUCUGGAAUCUGCCGGACUGGAUGCCUAUGUUCUUCUCUCAUUCUUCAAAUUUGCCAUGAAAUUUCUUUCAGCUACCUUCGUCCUCGCUACUCUGAUAAUCAUGCCAUUACAUCUGAAAUAUGCUGGUCGGUGGGGGAUUCCAGGCUGGGACAACGACGACGAUGAUGACCGUAACGAUAACGACCUGGCUCUAUUCACGAGAGCUCUGCUUGCUGGAGACCGGGAUAAGACUCUCAAGACUGACCCCACUUACCUAUGGAUAUAUGUCUUUUUCCCUUACAUAUUUACUGGCAUCGCCAUCUACCUGCUCAUUCAAGAAACCAACAAGAUUAUCCGAACGCGACAGAAAUACCUUGGAAGCCAGACGUCAACAACUGAUCGCACAAUUAGAUUGUCGGGCGUUCCUCCAGAGAUGCGCUCUGAAGAGAGGAUUCAAGAGAUCAUUGAGAAAUUGGAUAUUGGGAAAGUUGAGGCCGUGACUCUGUGCCGCCAGUGGCAUGAGCUGGAUUUAUUGAUGGAUGAACGAAAGAAAAUUCUCAAGCAGUUAGAACGUGCAUGGACCAGACAUCUUGGCUACAAGCAAAGAAGGAGAUAUAACGAUACACUACCCUUAAUCCGGGCGUCGCGUCCUAGGUCAGCUAGCAUACUGUCUGAAGCGACUACGGAGCAUUCGCAACUUCUAGGGAGCGAGGAUGGGAGGGUUCGUGUUAGUAGUGUCGGUAAUGAGCGACCUACCACUCGAAUUUGGUAUGGUCCAUUCAACCUACGAUACAAGACUGUUGAUUCGAUCGAUUACUUUGAAGAAAAGCUGCGCCGAAUCGACGAAAGGAUCAUCGCCGCCCGCCAGAAGGACUACCCAGCUACCGAUCUGGCUUUUGUCACGAUGGAAUCGAUCUCUGCAUGUCAGAUGGUUGUGCAGACUAUCAUUGAUCCCAAUCCUAGGCAGUUGGUGGCAACUCUUGCUCCUGCUCCAGCGGACGUUGUUUGGGAAAACACGUACCUCCCACGGUCAAGGAGAACUACUCGAUCAUGGCUUAUCACGGUGGUUAUCAGCUUUUUGACUAUUUUCUGGUCUGUCCUCUUGGUUCCCAUUGCGUCUCUUUUGGAUUUGAAUACGCUCCACAAAGCCAUUCCUGGGCUUGCGGAUCUACUUGCACAGAAUCCAAUCUUUGCAUCCCUUGUGCAGACUGGUUUGCCAACCCUCACUCUGUCUCUGUUGACGGUUGCGGUUCCCUACUUGUAUAGCUGGCUUUCAAGUUACCAGGGAAUGACUUCUCGAGGAGACCUGGAAUUGUCAGUCAUAUCGAAAAAUUUCUUCUUCACAUUUUUCAACCUAUUCUUCCUCUUCACAGUGCUCGGUUCCGCAUCUAGUUUCUACGGUAUUUUCCAGCAACUGCAAAACGCGUUUAAAGAUGCAACGACCAUUGCAUUCGCUCUGGCAACAUCCUUGGAAGGCCUUUCUCGCUUUUACAUUAAUCUAAUUAUCCUUCAAGGGCUUGGCUUGUUUCCUUUCCGGUUAUUAGAAUUUGGAAGCGUUGCCAUGUACCCGGUGCAUGCUCUGCAUGCAAAAACGCCCCGUGAAUAUGCGGAGCUGUCAACGCCACCCAAAUUCAGCUACGGCUUCUCGAUACCCCAGACGAUUUUUAUCUUCAUGAUCUGCGUCGUAUACAGCGUGUUUCCCAGCUCAUGGCUGAUCUGUUUCUGUGGACUGGUGUAUUUCUUCCUGGGCCAUUUCAUAUACAAGUAUCAGCUACUCUAUGCCAUGGAUCACCAGCAACACUCAACGGGUCGAGCAUGGCCAAUGAUUUGCAGCCGCAUCUUCAUGGGCUUGGUGGUGUUCCAAAUUGCGAUGAUCGGUGUCCUUGCACUUCGACGCGCAAUCACCAGAUCCCUCCUCCUUGUCCCUCUGUUGGCAGCCACGGUGUGGUUCACGUAUUUUUUCGCCCACACCUACGAGCCUCUGAUGAAAUUCAUCGCUUUACGAAGCAUCGACAAAGACCGAGCUGAUCAGAGCAGUGAUAACAACUCCGGCGAAUCCUUGAGUUCUUCGCUUCUGCUGUCGCCUCCGUCCGGUCUCGACAGAGAUUCUUUCCCCGUCCUCAUUGGAGGCCGCGAAAUCGGACUCCGGUUAAAGAAAUAUGUCAAUCCAAACCUCACCAUCCCUCUUGACGGGGCGUGGAUUCCGCGCAGUGACGGCUCUAUUGUGAUUCGUCCCAGUGCGUUUGAUGAUGACGCCAAUAUUGUUAGCGUGUGA